AUGUCGCCUAACAGACCGAGCGUAUACAACGAUGCGCCGUCCAUGUAUCUACGCCUCCAACGCCUUCGCUUUGCUCCACUUGCUUCUCCUUUGGUGAUAGAGAAAGCAAAUACCAAUGAUACUUCCUUCGGACUACCCGGAAAUCCAAAGCCAGACCCGGCUGUAGCUAAGACCUGCCAGGCACUUCAGCAGAAAUAUGGCAGCAAAGUUGCACUGAAGAGGAGUCAACACUGUGAAACGGUUGCAGCGGAAAACUGGUCUAUGGCCGCACAGCUCUCGCCUGGCUGCGUGUUUGAGCCGGCAAACAAGGAGGACGUCGCUGGCGGUCUAGCCAUCGUUGUCAAGUACAAGACCAAGUUUGCCGUUCGCGGUGGUGGUCACAUGCCGGUCCCCGGUGCAUCCAAUAUCGACGACGGUGUUCUAUUUUCCAUGACCAACCUUAACAAGAUGCAGCUUACCCAGAACCAAACUGUUGCCCAGCUUGAUCCAGGGCUGAGAUGGCUCGAAGUCUACAACUGGAUUAGCACCUUCGGCCUGGGCGUGGCUGGCGGCCGAUUCGCCCCAGUUGGUGUCUCCGGCUUGCUCCUUGGUGGUGGCAUCAGCUUUUUCGGAUCCCGAAUCGGCUGGGCCAGCAACCAGCUCGCCAACCUCGAGGUUGUGUUGGCGAAUAGCACCAUUGUGAACGCCAACGCCAACGAGAACCCGGAUCUUUUCUGGGCCUUGAAGGGUGGAUCGAACAAUUUUGGUAUUGUCACUCGGUUCGAUGUGAAGACGUUCCCCUUGGGUCAGCUCUACGGAGGACAAUCAACCUAUGAGAGUCGACAUCUUGCCGCAAUCAUGGAUGCUGCAGCGAGUUACUCGAUUGUUGGCGGUGGCUCCGACGACAUCGAUUCGGCUAUCACUCCAUCCAUCCAAGUUGUGCCAGCCACGGGCGCUAUCAACCCUCUACUUAUUGGAUACCGUGUUGGCUCGGAAAAUAAACCUGCUGCAUUUGCGAACUUUUCUCGAAUCCCUACCCUCUCGACGACGAAUGGAAUUCACGAAACGCUGGCGUCGGCGCUGGGUUUGACAAUCGCCACCGGUGAUCGCAACCAGAGACAACUAUUCAUGGCCAUCGGGACCAAAGCCGGUCCAGACUCUGUUCGCAUGACUAACGAGACGUUCUGGAAGACCCUCAAAGAUAUGCCCAAGUUAGCAAAUGUCCAGAAUCUCACCCUAACCAUGAGCCCCCAACUCCUUAGCAAGCACUUCCUCGAGACAGCUCGAGCUUCCGGUGGAGAUCCCAUGGACUUCGAGCCAGGAAAUCAAGGCGUUCUCAUGAACCUGAUUGGAUCGGCUUGGGACCACGAAGAGGACGAUGAGUUGGUCUACAAGUACAGCAAGUACUUCCUCGAUACUCUCGUGAAGAAGAGCAAGGCCAAGGGCUUGUACUACCCGGUAGUAUAUAUCAACGACGCGUCCCUUAGCGAGAAGCCUUUCAAGACGUUUGGCAAGGACGGCAGUUCGUUGAAAAGAUUGAAGCAGAUUCGCAACCGCUAUGAUUCUCAACCCGUCUUUCAGAAGUUGCUGCCGGGUGGCUUCAAACUUGAUUGA